AUGAAUUCACUAAAUAUUACAAGGAGAUUGUUCCAGAGGGUAAAACCUGUGGUCAGCGGAGCGUGUUCGAGUUUACCUGGAUCUCGUCGAACCAGGCGUGGAUCAAAAGCGGGGUGUAGAGUGAUAAGACAAAUCCGCAAAGUUGUGAACGUCCGGGCAUCUACUCCGUAUUAUCAAAAUAGGUACAUAAACCGAGGAAAUCUUGUAAAUGUAGUUUGUCAAACUAUUACACAUUCACAUACAGUGGAGACUAUACAAACCUGUAUACGCCCACGCCUACUUGUGUCAAGGUCACAUUCCAUGCGGACUGUAAACAAAUCAAACCUUCGACCUAUUCCCAAAGACCAAAAAGAUGUGAGUGCUAGUUGCAUGUCUUUUUAUACGUUGAACUGUAGAUCGGUUAAAAACAAAACAACAUCUAUUAAUGACUUUAUUUUAUCCAACAACGUUGACAUACUUUCCCUAACAGAAACAUGGCUCCGGCCAGACUCCGAUCGAUUUAUACUCUUGGAGUUUUCACCAGAUGGAUAUAGCAUACUACAGAAACCUCGGCAAGAUCAACGAGGAGGUGGCAUAGCCAUCGUGCACAAGGAUCAAAUUAACAUUAAACACAAAGAAUCUGACACACGCUUCACUCAUUUUGAACAUCUGGAGUGUAGUGUCAAUGUAGGGAAUCAACAUAUUUGUCUUUGUGUUAUUUACCGACCACCACCUUCGAAGACUAAUCGUUUCAAAAACACAGUAUUUUUCGAAGAGUGGACACAUUAUUUAGACAAUCUUGUCAUAAUUCCAGAAGAUCUGGUGAUAACAGGAGACUUAAAUUUUCACAUUGACAAUCCAAACGAUAGUGAAGGAAACAGGUUUAUACUCACACUUGAGGAGCAUGGCUUGUCGCAGCACGUAGUCGGUGCAACUCAUACCAAGGGCCACACACUGGAUGUCCUUAUUACAAGGAAGGCAAGCUCUCUUUUAAGAGGUCUACCUACCAUACAAGAUCCUGUGUUAUGCGACAACAACGGCAAUGCUGCAGGUGAUCAUUUUGCUGUCCAUGCUUAUUUGCAGAUUGCAAAGCCUCCAAAAGAACGCAAGACUGUAACUUUUCGUAGGAUGAAACAACUUGAUAACGAAAAGUUCAGGAUUGACCUUGACUCUUCGCUAGUUCUUUGUGAUAAAAACGACUCAUUGGAGAAUCUCGUCACUAGCUAUGACCAUAAACUAAGGGCCGUCCUAAACAAACACGCCCCAGAAGAGACAAGAACAAUCACCCUUCGUCCAAAUACACCAUGGUACACGGAGGAUCUAAGGACCGCAAAACGAGAAAAACGUCGGGCUGAAAAACAGAUGAGGAAAACAAACCUAACUGUUCAUAGACAAAUAUUAGAGAUAAAUCCAUUCAAGCAACCAGACUUAUACUAGACACAAAGGAAAAAUACUAUUCAGAUAAAAUCGACGAGAUUGGAAACG